AUGGAGCAGAUGAGGCAGAGGCUCAAGCGCUCCGAGCAGAGCGAGCGGGAGCAUCGGGAGGCCGCCUGCCUCGCGGAAGAGCAUGCCGCUGCUCUCGAGGAGAAGCAUCAGAAGCUGGAAGAGGAGCACCGCAAGCUCCAGGCAGAGUGCCGCCUGAAGAGCCGGCGAAGCCUGCGCACCAGCAGCCCUCCCAAGGAGGAGGGGGAGGAGAGGGAGGAGAGGGAGGGCGAGCGGGCGCGGCAGCGCUGGCGCCGCGCGGGCAGCGCCGUCGUGCAGCGCCUGAGCUUCGCCGGGCAGCGCCCGACUUGCGCCGGGCAGGACGUCCCCGCGGCGACGUCGGCGCCCGAAAGGGCGAAGGACGCCGAACAGGAGCUUUCAUUGCCGUCGCCGUCGUCUCCUUCGUCGCCCUCGCGGCGCAGCGAGCGCAGCGAGGACGGGCCGUCUUGGCCGCAGCUUGAGACCUUGGCCUCGGAGCGCGAUGCCGCUCGGGCCGAGAAGGCGCAGAUGGAGAGCCAAUCCCAGGAACUCGAGCAGGAGAACACCACCUUGAGGUUGCUCUUGGAGGAGGAAGGUCAAAGGACCCAGGCUCUCUUGCAGCAGGUGGACUACCUGGCCGAACUCCUGGAGGAGCGACAGACUCAGAGCGGCGCCCGAGACAUGCUGAAGUCCCUUGGCCUCUCACGCGAGCCCUCGCCGGAUGGCGCGCUCGCCGCCUGCGAUGCCCAUGCCACGGCGCCUCCCUCAGCUCAACAACUAGACUGA